AUGUGCGGCUCUAUGCUCCCUGGCAGUGUGCGGUGGACAGUGGCCGGUGAGGAUCAGUUUUGACAGGGUCGGUGCUGGUCAGGGUAACAUCACCAUGUCUUUCUGCUCGUUCUUUGGCGGAGAAAAGUACAAAGAUCACUUCGAGAACGGAAUAUACGUGUGCGCCGAAUGUGGCUACGAGCUGUUCUCCAGCCGUACAAAAUAUGAACACUCCUCCCCGUGGCCCGCCUUCACAGAGACCAUCCACGAGGACAGCGUCUCCAAAUAUGUGGAACGGCCCAAUGCUCUUAAGGUCUCCUGCGGAAAGUGCGGCAAUGGCCUGGGUCACGAGUUUUUAAACGACGGCCCAAAGAAGAACCAGUCCCGCUUCUGAAUAUUCAGCAACUCGAUUAAGUUCAUCCCCAAAGACAAAGUCGACGGGGGAGCCAAUCGAGCCUAAAGACUGGUACGAAUGUAUUAAUGGAUGUGUUGGACCUUUCCUGACGGACCACCAGCGGAUGAAUCGGCCGUGAUAAACCCUUCCCGGAUGUCUCGGCUGACGAUUACACAUGCUGGCCUCAGAUGUGGUUCAAGGCCUCUCCCUGGACGCACCCAUAAUGCACCUGCAGUUCGAAUGUAGCAAUAGCAAUACAGUCGCUUUUCCACAGUUUCCCCAAAUUUCCCUUCCUCUGCCAUUUUGACACUUGACACUUGAUA